GGGUCCUCACUAAGCAGCGAGUCGUCCCCAGUCUCCUCGCCAGCCACCAACCACAGCUCCCCCGCCAGCACCCCCAAACGUGGCCCCAUGGGCCCCAUCAUCGUGCCCCCGGGGGGGCACAGCGUGCCCAGCACGCCGCCUGUCGUCACCAUCGCCCCAACCAAGACGGUCAACGGGGUCUGGAGGAGCGAGGGCAGACAGCAGGAAGCAGGGUCACGAGGCAGCAGCAGCAGCGCCGGCCGCGAGCGCCUCAUCUCGGAGCCCCCACUCACACAGGAGAAAGCAGGGGGUCCCACCGUCCCCUCCCACCUCCUGGGGACACCCUACUCCUUCGGGCUGCCCCCCAGCUCCGUGGUCCAGGACUCCCGCUUCCCACCUCUCAACCUGCAGCGGCCGGUCCACCACGUGGUGCCUCCCAGCGCGGUCACCGAGGAUUACCUGCGGAGCUUCCGUCCCUACCACACGGCCGAGGACCUCCGCAUGUCCUCCCUGCCGCCCCUCGGCCUCGACCCGGCCACCGCCGCCGCCUACUACCACCCCAGCUACCUGACACAUCACCCCUUCCCACAUCCUGCCUUCAGGAUGGACGAGUCUUACUGCCUGUCGGCACUGCGGUCCCCCUUCUACCCGCUGCCAGCGCCGGGCUCGCUGCCACCCCUGCACCCCUCGGCCAUGCACCUGCACCUCUCGGGGGUGCGGUAUCCCCCCGAGCUCUCCCACUCCUCCCUCUCCGCCCUCCAGUCCGAGCGCAUCUCCAGCCUCGCUGCCGAGAGGCUGCAAAUGGAUGAAGAGCUGCGGCAGCGGGAGCGGGAGCGGGAACGGGAGCGGGAGAAGGAGAGGGAGCGAGAAGCCGACCGGGAGCGGGAGAAGGAGCGGGAACGGGAGCGGGAACGUGAGAAGGAGCUGGAACGCGAGCGGGAAAAGGAGCGGGAGCGGGAACUGGAGAGGCAGCGGGAGCGUGCCCGGGAGAAGGAGCUGAGCAUGGUGAAAGCCAUGGAGGGGCCCUUCCUCCCCGUGGCAGAGCUGCACGGGCUGCGGGGGCACCCGGCUGAGGAGCGGGGCAAACCAGUGGAGCCGCUGGCACCCGGCAGACCAGACAAACUCAAGGACUCGGUACUGCCGACGCCGAAGCCCAUCCAGCACCCCCUGCACCCACCACCGGGCUCCCACCACCCAGUUCCCAGCCUUAUCCCCAACCACAGCGUGUUCCCACUGCCGGGGAGCAGCGCGGCCACGGCGCUGCUCAUCCACCGCACCAACGAGGAGGAGAAGUGGCUGGCCCGGCAGCGCCGGCUGCGCCAGGAGAAGGAGGAUCGGCAGUCCCAAGUCUCGGAGUUCCGGCAACAAGUACUGGAGCAGCACCUGGACAUGGGGCGUGUCCCAAGCCAGCCUGAGCCCGAGCACCGGCCUGAGCAUCCCAGGUCGGGAUCGAGCCGCCACGAGCCAAGCAGCCGGGAGCCAGGGCAGCACUUCGGUGGGCCCCCACCACUCAUCUCCCCCAAACCCCAGCACCACCCUGUCACCACGUCCCUCUGGAACCCCGUCUCGCUGAUGGAGAACCCCCCCGAUCCCCCGCGGCGCCUCCCUGAGCCCCAUGCCCUCCACGGCCACCCGGCCCCCUUCGAGCCCAGCCGUCAGGGCAUCCCACUGGUGAAGGUGGAGAGGGUCUUCUGCCCCGAGAAGCUGGAGGAGGGGUCAAGGAAGAGGGAUGUUCUGGAGAAAUACCCCCCGGGACGGGAGCCUGGUGCCCCGGAGCACGGGGGCUUCACCCACACCCCCUUCCUAGCUGAGCUGGAAAAGUCCACUCAGAGCAUCCUGAGCCAGCAGAGACCCCCAGCCACCCCCUUCCCUGAGGCCACCAAGCCCAGCUCGCCCUACCGGCCCCCCCAGCCCCGCGCCCAGGACCCCAUGUACAUCUACGACGAGUUCGUGCAGCAGCACCGCAGGCUGGUCAGCAAACUGGACCUGGAGGAGCGCCGGCGGCGGGAGGCCCGGGAGAAAGGGGGGACGGCGGCGCUUACGGCGGAGCAGAACCACAAACUUGACGCCUCCAUCCACUACAACAUCCCGGAGCUCCAGGCGUCCACCCGCCUGGCCGGGCCCCCCCACAACGGCACGGCCGAGGGGCCUCUGGCCCACCGGGCACUGCCCCCGCUGCCCCGCGACUCGGCCUCCGAGGAAGAGGACGAGGAGGAGGAGGAGGAGGAAGAGGAGGAAGACUACCCCAGGCCCAAGUGGCAAGGGAUCGAGGCAAUUUUUGAAGCUUACCAGGAACAUAUAGAAGAACAAAACCUGGAGCGCCAAGUGCUGCAGACGCAGUGCCGGCGGCUGGAGGCCCAGCACUACAGCCUGAGCCUGACAGCGGAGCAGCUGUCGCACAGCAUGGCGGCUCUGAGAAAAUCCAUGGCGAAGCACCGCCUCGAAAUUUAUGGCUUUCAAGGCAGUGUGUGGCCUGUGCUGCCCUCAGAAGUUCCCUCGCUGAAGUACAACCACAGGAGAGAUCCCGCCCAGCCUCAUUAG